UAAGUUCUGCACCCCGAAGCCCUACACUUUAUACCAACCGAGUCAGCAAGAGAGCGAGCGAGAGAGCGAGAACGCAAGAGAGAAGACGACUCCCAUCCUCUCCCGCUUCCAUGGCUCUCUGCAAUCGCCUCCAUCCCCGGAUCCGCUCACCCCUCCUCCCUCCGCGCUCCGUCUCCUCCUCCGUCUUCCUUGCCCGCCACUUCUCGACCACCGCGAAGCACCCUUGCACCGGCGGCCUCCGCCUCCGCCCCCACCCCCGCUGCGCCGCCCAACUUCGUCCGGCGGAGGCGCCUCACCGGACGGCGGGAGGGAAGCGCACGGACAUCAAGAAGAUCCUGAUCUUGGGCGCGGGGCCCAUCGUCAUCGGGCAGGCGUGCGAGUUCGACUACUCCGGGACCCAGGCGUGCAAGGCCCUCCGCGACGAGGGCUACGAGGUGGUGCUCGUGAACUCCAACCCGGCUACCAUCAUGACCGAUCCGGACCUCGCCCACCGCACCUACGUGGGCCCCAUGACUCCGGAGCUCGUCGAGCAGGUCCUCGACGCCGAGCGCCCGGACGCCCUCCUCCCCACCAUGGGCGGCCAGACCGCCCUCAACCUCGCCGUCGCCCUCGCCGACUCCGGCGCUCUUGCCUCCCGUGGAAUCGAGCUCAUCGGCGCCAAGCUCGACGCCAUCCGCGCCGCCGAGGACCGCGACCUCUUCAAGCGCGCCAUGGACCGCAUCGGCCUCAAGACCCCUCCCUCCGGCAUCGCCACCACCAUCGAGGAAUGCUUCGCCAUCGCCGAUAGCAUCGGCUCUUUCCCUCUUAUCAUCCGCCCGGCCUUCACCCUCGGUGGCACCGGCGGCGGCAUCGCCUACAACCGCGACGAGUUCGAGGCCAUCUGCCGCGCUGGCCUCGCCGCCAGCCUCACCUCCCAGGUGCUCGUCGAAAAGUCCCUUCUUGGCUGGAAGGAGUACGAGCUCGAGGUGAUGCGGGACCUCGCUGACAACGUCGUCGUCAUCUGCUCCAUCGAGAACAUCGACCCGAUGGGCGUCCACACGGGGGACUCGAUCACGGUUGCUCCGGCGCAGACGCUUACCGACAAGGAGUACCAGCGGCUGCGGGACGACGCGGUCGCGAUUAUACGGGAGAUUGGGGUGGAGUGUGGGGGGUCCAACGUGCAGUUCGCUGUGAACCCGGAGGAUGGGGAGGUGAUGGUCAUCGAGAUGAAUCCCAGGGUGUCGAGGUCGUCGGCUCUUGCAUCAAAGGCAACGGGGUUCCCCAUUGCGAAGAUGGCUGCGAAGCUGUCAGUGGGGUACACGCUCGACCAGAUCCCUAAUGAUAUCACCAAGAAGACUCCGGCUAGUUUCGAGCCUUCCAUAGAUUAUGUGGUGACAAAGAUACCACGAUUUGCCUUCGAGAAAUUCCCUGGUUCCCAGCCAGUGUUAACCACCCAGAUGAAAUCUGUUGGUGAAGCAAUGGCAUUGGGACGGACUUUCCAAGAAUCCUUUCAAAAAGCUGUUCGGUCUUUGGAGUGCGGUUAUGCAGGAUGGGGUUGUGCACCCAUUAAGGAACUUGACUGGGACUGGGACCAGUUGAAGUACAACCUGCGAGUUCCAAAUCCAGACCGUAUUCAUGCAAUAUACGCAGCUGUGAAGAAGGGAAUGAAGGUAGAAGAAAUUCAUGAGCUGAGCUAUGUCGAUAAGUGGUUUCUUUCUCAGCUGAAAGAGCUGGUAGAUGUGGAACAGUUCCUCACAGCAAGGAAUCUGGAUCAGUUGACAAAGGAUGACUUUUAUGAGUUGAAGAGAAGGGGUUUUAGUGAUAAGCAGAUUGCUUAUGCAACUUCUUCCUCUGAGAGGGAGGUGCGGUCAAAGCGCUUAUCGCUUGGUGUGACACCGGCAUAUAAAAGGGUUGAUACCUGUGCUGCAGAGUUUGAGGCAAACACUCCCUACAUGUACUCAUCAUAUGAUUUUGAAUGUGAAUCAGCCCCCACUCAAAAGAAAAAGGUUCUGAUAUUGGGUGGCGGACCAAAUCGAAUUGGUCAGGGUAUUGAGUUUGACUACUGCUGCUGUCAUGCUUCAUUUGCCCUUCGGCAGGAUGGGUAUGAAACAAUUAUGAUGAACUCAAAUCCAGAGACUGUGUCUACAGAUUAUGACACCAGUGACCGUUUGUAUUUCGAACCUUUGACAGUUGAGGAUGUGUUAAAUGUGAUUGACUUGGAGCGGCCUAACGGCAUAAUCGUACAGUUUGGAGGGCAAACCCCUCUGAAGCUUGCUCUCCCAAUACAACAGUACCUGGAAGAGCAAAAGUUGGUCUCUGCUACUGGAAUUGGAUAUGUGCAGGUAUGGGGAACAUCACCUGAUUCUAUUGAUGCUGCUGAGGACAGGGAGAGAUUUAAUGUGAUUAUUAAGGAGCUUGAGAUUGAGCAGCCUAAAGGUGGGAUAGCAAAGAGUGAAUCUGAUGCAAUAUCAAUUGCUGCAGAAAUAGGCUACCCUGUCGUGGUCCGGCCUUCUUAUGUCUUGGGUGGACGCGCCAUGGAGAUUGUUUACAGUGAUGAUAAACUUGCCACCUAUCUUGAGAAUGCUGUUGAGGUAGAUCCCGAGCGCCCAGUCCUGAUAGAUAAAUAUCUCUCUGAUGCCAUUGAGAUCGAUGUGGACGCGCUGUCAGACUCGAAUGGGGCUGUGGUAAUUGGUGGAAUCAUGGAACACAUUGAGCAAGCUGGGGUCCACUCUGGUGACUCAGCCUGCUCCCUUCCCACAAAAACUGUGUCAACCAGUUGCUUGAACACAAUCAGAUCAUGGACCACGAAGCUGGCCAAACGACUUAAUGUAUGUGGGCUUAUGAAUUGCCAAUAUGCAAUCACAGCUUCUGGUGAUGUUUACCUUCUCGAGGCAAAUCCUCGUGCUUCACGCACUGUGCCUUUUGUUUCUAAAGCUAUUGGUCAUCCAUUAGCAAAAUAUGCCUCUCUUGUCAUGUCAGGGAAGAGCUUGCAUGAGCUUGGAUUUACAAGUGAGGUGGUCCCAAAGCAUGUUUCAGUCAAGGAGGCUGUGCUCCCAUUUGAGAAAUUCCAAGGUUGUGAUGUUCUUCUUGGACCAGAGAUGCGUAGCACUGGAGAAGUUAUGGGAAUUGACUUUGAGUUUCCUGUAGCUUUUGCUAAGGCACAAAUAGCUGCUGGACAGAAGCUUCCAGUUAGUGGUACAGUGUUUCUCAGUCUAAAUGACUUGACUAAGCCACACCUUGCUUCAAUUGCUCGUGGAUUCCAAGAACUUGGUUUCAGAAUGGUUGCAACUUCAGGGACGGCUCGAGUGCUUGAGUUGGAGGGCAUACCAGUGGAGCGUGUCCUGAAAAUGCAUGAGGGGCGGCCACAUGCAGGCGAUAUGCUGGCAAAUGGUCAAAUACAGGUCAUGGUGAUAACAAGUUCAGGAGAUGCUCUGGAUUCAAUCGAUGGACGACAACUGAGGAGGAUGGCACUUGCUUAUAGGAUCCCAAUUAUAACAACAGUUGCUGGAGCACUAGCUAGUGUAGAAGCUAUUAGGAGUUUGAAGCGUAGCUCUGUGAAGAUGUUAGCUUUGCAGGAUUACUUCCAUUCUUCAGAAGAGCAUCAGAACUUGCCAGCAGUAUCUUCUGUUAUACAAUAAACUGAUUAUUUCUAAGUUGAAAUUUGGGAACAACCUCUAGGCGACUAAAAUAUUUCUUGGCUAAUGUGUCCCCCCUUUAAUCUCUCUACGAUUGAUGCAAGCCUUUUGUUCACCCUGAUUAUGAUGUUGCUAGAGUUCCUUGCCCCCACAGUUUUUUGCCCAGUGAGUCGUGAUAUAAAUAUUUGUAAAGGUUUAGUGUGUCGGGAGAGCGAGAAUGACCACCUUCUAUCUCCUAGAUGUGGAUGUGCACUUGCUUUACAGCUAUGGGGAGUCCCUGACCUAGCCAUUUUUCAGUCCAGUUCCUCUGAGCUUAUUUCUUUCUGGUAAUUCUCAUCCACAACUUGGCUAAGAUAUUUAGUAUCAUGAGUUUCAUUGAGCUGCUUUUCAGUUUUUCAAUCAAGUUACAGGUUCGAAGCUGCCCUAGGCAUAUUGUGAAGCAACAACACCUGGCGUGGAGAGAGGAUCUAUCCUUCGAUGCUCGUUUACCCGGUAGCAAGCAAAAAGGAAAACAAGGUCAUUGGUUCCUCGUUCAUUUUGCUUAAACUUAAUUUUCUCCCGAACCACCCUCUUUGAGUGGUGAAAUCGAGAGGCAGAUGGGACGUGUCCUUUGACAUCUUUUUGUUUUUUAUUUAUUUCAAAAAGACUUCUGUCAGGUUUUAUCAGAUGAUAGCACAAAGCUAGUUCAUACGAGUGAAGCAUCUAUCAGUUUUUAUAUAAUUGAGCACGGGAAGAAUUGACGAUACUUGGAUGAUAUUUUGCACCCAAAGGAAAAAAUAAGGGGGGUGUGGGGGGGGAAGAAAGAAAGAAAAAAAAAGGAAGGUUUCCAUGUGGUUGUACGCACAUCAUUAUUAUUGUAAUGUUCCUUCUUUGAAUUCUAUAAAUAAGUCAAGGUCUAAAUAAGGAAUCAAUACUAAUUUUUUACUGCAUCAAAUAUAUAAUUGAAGAGGUUUUGAGAUCAGUCUUAGCGCCCAUUGUCUUUGGUGGGUUCAGGAUGAAAAAGAGAUACUUGGCAGAAAGUAAAAAAAAAGUGAAGUGUUUCCAGAAAAUUAAAAACAUAUAUAUAGAGAUGCGGUUCCUUUUAUCUCAUGGAAGAAUCUCAAUUUAAGAAAGAAAAACCAAUAUUCUAGGAAAAAAAUGUCAUGCCAACUUUGGCACCUAGGAUUCAAUUCCACUCCAUUUCUCCUGCAUAUCAAACACAUACUUGGUUCUGGUCAGUGGUUACAUGUGAGGUUACGUCUCAGCUUCAAUAUAUAAAAAAGAAAGGGUCACGUCUCAGUUGGAAUCAUAUUGAGGUUUUACGUCUUAAUUUUAGGUGCAUAAUUGUUGCUUUUUUUGUUGUUUAUUAAGGGACUGCAUUGGGUAUUGUUUUUGAUCGAGAAAACAAAAUCUUCAGUCUCCAUUUUCGCUUUUCCCUUGCAUUCAAGCCAAAAGGAAUGCAAUUUUAAGGAGACAACUUCAAAAGUUUGAUGACGACGAUAUGCCAUGCUGGAUGGGGGAUGACCGUGAUGUCUCAAGGAGACAAGUUUCAUGAUAAAGGCUUGUCAUGCUGCGCCAUGGGAUUAAUUGUUUGUUUUUUUGGGGUACAGGGUUCUUUUCUGUUUGCCUAAAACACCUCUGUCUUAAUAAGAUAGAGGAGAAGCACGAGUUGACCGUGUCAAGAGUCCAACCAUUUUGACAGCACCAAAUCUCCCAAGAUAGAAACAACCAACCAUUUACCUCCCUAGAUAUCCACCAUUUUGCGAUUCCCUUGCCUUGUUGCACCAAAGCCACAGAAAAGGCUCAGGCCUCUGAGACCUCCCGAGGUGUUCUACCAGGAGACGCACAACAAAAGAGAGAAAUGGCCUGCAAGAAGGUGGCUGCAAUGCUCUUCAUCAGCAUGCUGCUUCUUGUUCUGUCCACCGUGGAGAGGAGCGAGGCUGGACAAAGCUGCUUCUGCGAGUGCAUGAAGAAAUGCAUCCCAAUGGGCAUGAUGAGCACCAACGCAUGCAACGAGGAGUGCGACGAGGCGUGCAGGCAAGCAGGAUUUUCUGGGAGACCAAAGGGAGGAUUGGGGUUCUGUAAAAGAUUGGCAACUCGGAGGCACUGAUCGCUUGAUUCUAUAUCCAUCUCUUCACUCGGAUUUUAAAAUGCUUGUUUCAAUGUAUAUUUAUUGAUUCGUAUUCUCUAAGAGCUGACUUGUCUUGCCUAUCUUUGGUUAAUGAAAUAAUCUUUCAUAAUUUGUGAU